UUGGGCAGCGGCAAACUUCAAAGUCAUAAAUCUUAUUUCUGACUGGCUGGCGGCCCACCAAAGUGCUUAUCAAAUCCUCUGAAGUGAUCCGCCACCCCGUCAGAUAGUGCCAGGAGAUCUGGGAGAGAGGAAGCGUCGGAGGCUCGCUCGCAUACACUUUUUUCUGCCUCCCCUGCCGCCGUUGCUGGCAUUUUUAGACAUUAUAAGCGACUUUUUGGGGCGUAUUUCUUGGUGUUUGCCGUCGCCGAGGCGGAGGAGGACCAUGGCAGCUGUGGCUGUGCUGCGGAACGAGACUCUCCACGCCUUUCUCCAGGACCGCACUCCCAACUCUUCCCCGGAGAACUGCAAGCACUCCCCGCUGGCUCUCCUGGCCGCCACCUGUAACCGAAUCGGGCACCACCACCACCACCACCACCCGGCGUCCAGCCCCUCUGACUUCCUCCAGGUUCCCUACGACCCCACCACCCUGGGCUCCCCUUCGCGCUUGUUCCACCCGUGGACUAACGAGGGCAGCCCCCCGAGCAGCCUGGCCAGCAACUCCACUUUCGGACUAUCCUCCAAGCCGCAGCCGCUCGGCUCGUUCAGCUCCCCGCACGAGUUGCCCCUCACCCCGCCCGCAGACCCCGGCUACCCGUAUGACUUCUCCCCGGUGAAGAUGCUUCCGUGCUCCAUGCAGUCCACGUGUCCGCCCACGUACGUACCAGCGGUCAGCUACGCGGCGCCCACCCCAAUCCCGCCCGCCAUGCCCACUUUCGUCACGGGGCCCACGGGCCUUGUGCCCCAGCAGCAGAGACAGUUGUCCCCCAACCCGGCUGAGGACAUCCCGUGGUGGAGCCUCCAGCAGGGCAACCACGUCGGCCACCCGCAUCGCUUCCAGCUGCAGCGAGGCCUGGUGCUGCACGGCCACACGGCGGAUUUUGCGCAGUACCAGACGCAAAUCGCCGCCCUCCUCCACACCAAGUCCCCCUUGGCCACCGCGCGUCGCUGCCGGAGGUGCCGCUGCCCCAACUGCCAGUCGGCGUCCACUUCCGGGAGCGAGGAGGCGGGCAAGAAGAAGCAGCACGUCUGCCACAUCCCCGGCUGUGGCAAAGUGUACGGCAAGACCUCGCACCUGAAGGCGCACCUGAGGUGGCACUCCGGGGAGAGGCCCUUCGUGUGCAACUGGCUCUUUUGCGGCAAAAGCUUCACACGCUCGGACGAGCUGCAGAGACACCUGAGGACUCACACCGGCGAGAAGCGCUUUGUGUGCCCGGACUGCUGCAAGAGGUUCAUGCGGAGCGACCACCUCGCCAAGCACGUCAAGACACACCAGAACAAGAGGAGCAAGUGCUUGGACAAGACGGGGGAGCACGUCAAGAGGGAGGACUCCAGAAAUCACAUCAUGUGACAUUCACGGCCAAAACAAACACUACAAAAAAGUUAUUAGUGCAAUACUUUGAAAAGCUCCACGGUGAGAUCCUCUUCUCCAUCUGUCGUCUCUGCUGCAAUAGUCUGUGUGUACUUCAACCAGCUCACUAUAUACAGUGUAUACUGUAUAUACACUACUGUAUGUAUGUAUAUAUACGUAUAUAUACAGUAUAUACGUAUAUAUAUACAGUGUAUGAAUACAGUACAGAGAGCAAGACAAGUUUUUGCAACUUGUGUUUUUUGACGGUUGUCUUCGCUGGAAGAUGUUUGCCCUCCUUGUAAAUAAUAUUUAAUAGCUUUUGUUGAAUGAAAGUGUCCCAAUUAAGGUUUUGCUCCAUAUGGGGGUGUUUUUAAAAGCAUGCUCUUGACAAGAUUUGCUAUUGUUGAUAUGACCCCAAUACAAUGUGAGAAUAAAGAAUAUAACAUUUAUUUCCAUAUCUCAGGAUAAUUCCUUUGACUUUGGUUGUCAGUUAAGUGACAGGCAGGACUCAUUGAGCAAAUCAUUCGUAAGUCUUACCUUUUUCCACCCCACAGUGAAAUAUCGUGCGCAUUGUUGAGGAAAAACAACUUAAAAUGUAAUAUUUAGUGUAGUCACUGAAAGUGACAAACCCCGCUGCAGUUUAUUUCAGCUGUAUUUGAAUUUUUAUGAUUACAUUACCUCCGAUAUUUACAAUAUUUUAAAUAUGGCGGUCAGUCAUUUGUUUGCAUUUGUGCGCUCAGACUUUUCCCCCAGUUUUUAUAUUUUUACUGGUAAUAUUUAGUAUUAGUGGUAGUAGGUAAUAUUUCCAAAUUUUCACACGCUAACGCAAAAUUUUUUGAUAACUCUUCCGAAGUGUGUCCUGAUGUCCCGCCAACAAAAACACUUAUCAGUCACAACAUUAGGUACACCUGCAUGACCUGCGAUGACGAUGCUUAGUUUUGAUGGGCAGUCACAGAAGUACAGUCACCCAUCGCUCGUUCCCAUUUUGCGGCUUCACUCUGUCACAGUUUUUCAAUAAUAUGUGAAUGAAUAAAUCAUGCUGUUUCGUGGCUAUGGCCUUCUAGUAGUAAAAAAAAAAUGCAUAUUUAAGCAAAUUUUACAUGUGUCACAUAGGCAUACAUUAAGCAUAAAAAUGCCUCAGUGACGUAAAAUGCAAAAAUAAGUCAUUAAGAAGACGCAUUCAAAGAUGCUGUGAUGAUAUGUAGUAUUCUACACUGGUCACUAGGUGUCAGUAAUGUUAGGUUGAUGAGACAAUAGCCACCGUAGGAAGUACUGUACAGAAACAGGAAGUAAAAAAGGAACAACAACAAGAAACGUGUGAGUCUAUAUUAUGGGUUAUUUAUAUUUAUAUUGGGUAAUAGCAGUGUAAAGGUGGCUAUAGGGGUGUUAUUUCAUGUCUAGGGGGCUCUAAUAAUGUUAAAAAGUGUAGUAGAAGGUCAUAAACAUGCUUUUCUAUGCUCUAACUACCAAAACAUUCCAUUUAGCAAAAAUUCACAUAUCACAGUUGGGAAUGGAAGCAAUUAACCGCCAUAAACAAGGGAUUGCUGGAUGCAGUUAGCAGUAUGUUUAUUAACAUACUGGCAGUUUAUUAACAUUGCUGGCAGUGGUGUACAACUACUGCGUCAUGCAGUAAUUUUUGGCCCCUAUAAGUUGGCUUGUUUUGAUUGCAUGAGGCCAGGCAAGUUUAUGUAUGGAGCACAAUUUGUGUGCAAGGCAAUUCAAAGUGCUUUGCAGAGAAGAAGGCAAUAAAAUCAUUCCCUAAAACAUAAAAGUAGGAAUUCAUGAAUUAAAUUUAACAACGAGCGCAGAUAAAAUACUUUAAGUUGUCCGCGUUUGUGAACAUUGUCAAAGAUGAGGCCUGUCUCACAUCUUCUGGAAGACUCUUCCAGAUUUUACUGAAACUGCAACGCAGCCUGACCGUGUUUAGUCCUGACCCUGGGCACCAGCAGGAGACCACCACUUCCUGAGCUUCUCAGAGUUGGAGAUGGUUGAUAUGGCAGAGCUGUUUUAAAGUCGAUCCUCUGAGCGACAGGAAGCCAGUGCAGAGACCUGAGCACUGCACUAACAUGCUCCUAUUUCCAGGUUCUAGUCAGGACUCGAGCAGCAGCAUUGUGGAUGUAGUACAGCUGUUCUACAGCUGCUUUAGAGAGCCCAGUGAGAAGGCCGUUACAGUAGUCAGACAAAAGCGUGGAUUUGUCUGCUUUGGACGUUUUGACUGUUUCAAGUUAACUCCUGAAAAGGACAGUGAGAGUAAACGAAAAGACAUUUCUCUGCACAUAAGUGCAUCAUAUUGCGUAUACUGAAAAAUCAAAAGAUGCAGGUACACUUACAUUUUUUAAACCAAACCAUGUAGAAAUGCAGAGACAUUUUUUUAUCUCUAAAAUAUUUUGUAUAUAUAUAUAUAUAUAUAAUACUUGAUUCUCAUACAUUUUUCCUUGGAAUAUUCAGCUUUUAUUCUCAUAAUAUUUUGACUUUAUUAUUGUAAUAGUAUAA